CUUUUUUCUAACAAACCGACGCGGCCACGUCCCCAACCAAGAGCAGCGAGAGCAUGGCGGCCACGAGCUCCGCCUCCGCGGCGCUCUUCUCCCUCCUCCCCUUCCCCACAUCCACCCCGGCCUCCGCGCGGGCAGGCGGCAGCCAUUACAGGCCCACGCGCUCGGCCGCGGCCGUGUCCCCCAUCAGAUGCUCCGCCGCCUCGCCCGACCUGUCGCCCGGCGCUCCGGCGCCGGCGCCGCCCAGGCCCCAAAUCGAGCUCGAGUUCCUCGGGCCCAAGCCGGGCGCCGACGGGUCGUACCCCGUGGACAGGGCUGCGGCGGUCAGCGGCGACAAGCUCCUCCGGGACGUCAUGGUCGAGAACAAGAUCGAGCUCUACGCGGCAUACGGUAAGCUGAUGAACUGCGGCGGCGGCGGCAGCUGCGGCACCUGCAUCGUCGAGAUAAUCGACGGGAAGGAGCUCCUGAGCCCGAGGACGGACGCCGAGAACCGUUACCUGAAGAAGAAACCGGAGUCGUGGAGGCUGACCUGCCAGACGAUCGUCGGAAACAAGGAGAACUCCGGCAAGGUCGUCGUCCAACGGCUGCCGCAGUGGAAGAAAUGAGCGAACAAUCUUGCAUGCACAUUGGAUGUUCUGUACUGACAGCAUGUGAUCGAUCCAAUGCCAUGUACGUACCUCCUGCUAGGAAGUGUUGAGCAAAGACGUCUAUCCUGGCAACAAGUUUCUGACAAUUUGAAUGUGCGGUUCUUCACUCCAGAGAUGAACACAAGAAGAACACAUCUGUUACUCCUGCUGGCAUCAGUUACACAAACCUGUUCUUGGCAUGUCCCUAGUACCCUUUAUCUGUAUGAUAGGGCCUGGUAGCGCAAUUCGUGUGUAUCUAAAACCAUAUCUUGGUUUUCUUCCUGGAAUCAAUGGUAAACUGUAAAUCGUAAAUUGUAAAUUGUGUUGAACCAGUAAAAGUUCCGUUCCUGCGUA